GUAAUUUCUUUUAUAUUAAUUAUCAAAAUUGUGGAUAUUUUUUUGAAAUUACUACAACUAAGAUGUGGAAAAGUGCUUUGAAUUUACUUUUACUUGUGUAUUCAUGCAAAGCAGCCACAAACAAUGAUUGUAUCACACCUCUUGACACUCCAGGCAAAUGCAUAAUGGUGUCAGAUUGCUCAUACUUUACAGAAGCACUAGCUGGUGGGCAAGUUGAGAAACGCACUUUGGAUUUCAUGAAACAGUCAAAGUGCGGGUGCGAUGUGACAGUCCCUAGAGUGUGCUGUGGUCCUUUACCUACAGAGGAGCAGUUCGAGUCUAACAAAGAACGCUUGUUGCAAGAUAUUGAUCCAGAUUCCCUGGAAGAUUCCAAGUUAGCUUCGGAGGAUAAAUGUGGCCUGGAUUUUAGCGUGUUCACCAAUAAAAUAUAUGGGGGACAAAGAACAAAAACCGGGGAAUUACCUUGGCUAGCUUUGCUGUGGUAUAGUGUCCAACUAGAGGCGACCAAUCAACUGAUGUACUUAUGCGGAGGAUCGAUAAUAAACCAGCGAUACGUGCUGACAGCUGCGCAUUGCAUUGCGAGAAGGAAAUACGAAGUUUUGGAUUUUGUACGCCUAGGUGAGAAUGACAUCAGCAAAAACAUAGAAUGUACAGGGAACGUGUGUGCAGAUCCACCCCAAGAUAUCAAAGUAUUGUCCGUUCACCCUCAUGCAGAGUACAACCGCACUAAACACGUACAUGAUAUCGGUCUGAUAAGGCUCGUGAAACGUAUAGUAUACUCAGAAUUCGUUCAGCCGCUUUGUUUGGAUCGAAUGGGACAGUGGAAUGUUGAUGAUCAAAUUGUAGCCGCUGGAUGGGGACAAACACAAAAAUCCACAUUAAGUCUUAUCAAACUUAAAGUAAAACUGCCAGUAGUAGACCGCGAACGCUGUGCGAAGACAUUCCCAUCUCUGAACGAUGGCCAGGUUUGCUUGGGUGGGAAGAAGUUGUCUGACACUUGCCAAGGGGACUCUGGGGGUCCAGCCAUGAGGCAACGGUCUGACAGGAGAUGGCAGGCCAUAGCUGUGGUGUCUUACGGGAUUGGCUGUGGAGUGGAAGGCAGACCUGCUGUGUAUACGGCCGUACAUAAAUACCAUGAUUGGAUUAUCGAUACUUUGCAGGCUACCAACCUCUGUCCGAAAGCCGAAAGCAGAUUUUCAGACGAACCUGAAAGCUGCACCACGCCUUUAGGGCAACCCAGCCAAUGCAUUUCUCUAUACGAAUGUCAAGAUUUGCUAAGUGCAUUUGAGAGGCGACCCCUGCCCAGCUUUGUUGUAACCUUUUUGAGAAAGUCUCAAUGCGGUUUCUUAAAUCGCACCACGCCGGCAGUAUGCUGUGGACCCCUGCCUGAAGAGGAUUCGCAGGUACCAGUUAUACCAGUGCCGACCACGCCAGCUCCGAAUCGUCAGGACGAUGGGUUUAACGCUGAUGAUGCAAACCCGUCACCCGUUGGGGAGUGCGGCGUCGACACCAAUGGAGAUAGGAUUUACGGAGGCCAGUUCACCGAACUGGACGAGUUCCCUUGGAUGGCACUGUUAGGAUAUCGCACAAAAUCUGGAAGAAUAACCUACCAGUGUGGUGGAGUGCUGAUCAACCAUCGAUACGUGCUUACAGCUGCUCACUGCCUCAUUGGUGCAGUGGAAAGAGAAAUCGGAAAACUGGUCACCGUCCGUCUAGGCGAGUACGACACACAGAGCGAGGUGGAUUGCAGCGACGGCGUCUGCGCAGAUCCGCCGCAAGAGAUCCCGGUCGCAGAAAAAUACCCCAACCGUGGGUACAACGACCAAAACACAAAUAAGAAAGACGACAUCGGCCUCGUUCGCCUUUCUCAAAGGGCCAGAUAUACCUACUACGUGAAGCCGAUCUGUCUGCCCGGCGCGAGCACUCGACUGAGCCCAGGCUACGAGGUAUACGUCGCAGGCUGGGGAAAAACCUUACAAGGUACAAACAGUCCAGUAAAACUGAAGCUGCAACUGCCUGUAUUUGAGAAGAACGAGUGCGUUAACAAAUACAAGAACCUUGGGGCGAACCUGAUUGACAAACAAAUUUGUGCUGGAGGAAACUUCGCGAAGGACGCUUGCAGGGGUGACUCCGGCGGUCCUCUCAUGGUGAGGACACCUCAGGGUCACUGGGAGUCCGUGGGAAUCGUCUCGUUCGGAUACGGUUGUGGAAGAGACGGCUGGCCAGGAGUGUACACUUCUGUCGCCGCCUACAAAGACUGGAUACUAAGCACGAUGAGAUCCACUAAUUCAUAAGACGAUUUCGAUAAUAGGCUCAAUUUUUAUCUUUAGUAAAUCUUUGGAAUUUA